AUGGUAUCUUCUAGAAUAAUAAAAAAUAAGUUAGCGGAAAAAUUAAGUCAAAAAAAUAAAAAAGAUAGCAAAAAGUGGCGUAAAGUAUAAGCCAAUUCCCCCAAUUUAUAAACCCUACUUCCCCAUUUCACUUUUUCUUCCUUCACAAUCAAAUAAAACCCUAGCCCGCUCUAAAAGCUUUGCUGCGUUUUUCUUGUUCGAUAUGGCUCUACCAAACCAACAAACUGUUGAUUAUCCUAGCUUUAAGCUUGUUAUUGUGGGCGAUGGAGGAACCGGGAAGACAACUUUUGUCAAAAGGCAUCUCACUGGUGAAUUUGAGAAAAAAUAUGAACCCACUAUUGGUGUGGAGGUUCAUCCAUUAGACUUCUUCACAAAUUGUGGGAAAAUUCGCUUUUAUUGCUGGGAUACAGCUGGACAAGAGAAGUUUGGAGGGCUUCGAGAUGGUUACUACAUUCAUGGGCAAUGUGCAAUUAUCAUGUUUGAUGUAACGGCCCGUUUGACCUACAAGAAUGUUCCUACAUGGCAUAGAGAUCUUUGCAGGGUUUGUGAAAACAUCCCCAUUGUUCUCUGUGGAAACAAAGUGGAUGUCAAGAACAGGCAGGUUAAGGCAAAGCAAGUGACCUUCCACAGGAAGAAAAAUUUGCAGUACUAUGAGAUCUCGGCAAAGAGUAACUACAACUUUGAGAAGCCUUUUCUGUACCUUGCUAGAAAGCUUGCUGGGGAUGGUAAUCUUCACUUUGUGGAAUCACCUGCACUUGCUCCCCCAGAAGUACAAAUUGACUUAACUGCACAGGCACAGCAUGAAAGGGAGCUUGCUGAAGCCGCUAUCCAGCCACUUCCCGAUGAUGAUGAUGAAGUAUUUGAAUAGAAGGCCUAGCUCAGAGCUGAUCGGUUUCCCAGUUGCUCCUUUCCAUAUUCUUCGUCCUUAAAUUUUCUAUAUCCGGACUUCCUGUCUUUGUUGUUUGAGGAUUUGUUUGCUGCUUCCUUGUAUUACAAAUUGGUUAUUAGAUAUGUUUGUCUGAGACCAUGAGGCUGUGGUUUAGUAGGCUAGAUAGUGUUCUAUUCGGACUUGGCUCUGUUUGAGCCGUUUAUACUAUUACUGGCUUACAUAUUCGA